UUCAGGAUUAUUUAACUGUCAUUGUCUCUUGGCUUAAAAUGAAAUAACCUGUUUAUCACGGUUGUCAUCAAGGUUACGAAAGGUUAGAGGUGAAGGUUCAUGCGGUGCUGCGUGCGCUGUGGAGCACCUUGAGGAAGAGUCCCGACACCAUGCGACUGACCGCUUUGCUCGCCAUGGCUGCCCGCGUCAAGGUGCCCCCGGGGUACCGCUUCGGCACCAACCGGCCCUGGACCAUCAACGCCCAGAGGCAGAACCCGCCGGGCAAGAAGAGGAGGAGGGUAGCGGUGGAGCCCAUCGCCCCCGAGGACUGGCACGUCUUCAAGGGAGACACGGUGGAGAUCCUGUCUGGGAAGGACAGCGGGAAGCAGGGAAAGGUCAGCCAGGUGAUCCGGGCGCGGAACUGGGUCAUCCUGGAGGGACUCAAUGCGCACUUCCGCUACAUCGGAAAGACGGAGGACUACCGGGGCAUGUACAUCGCCAGCGAGGCCCCCCUGCUGCUCAAGGACAUCGCCCUCGUGGACCCAUCUGACAGGAAGCCCACGGAGGUGGAAUGGCGCUACACGGAGGAGGGCGAGAAGGUGCGCGUGUCCCUAAGAACGGGACGGCUCAUCCCCAAACCAGUGGUCCAGCGACGGGACGGGAUCGUGCCCGAGCAGUGGAAUGAUGGUCCCAAGGACACGUCCCCGGAAGACGCGCUGGAGAAGACCUACACUACGUCGCUGAAGACCUUCGAGGAGGAAGUCAUGGAGAAGAUGGGCAUCGUGGAGACCAGGCGCGCACGAAAGAGCUUCUGGUACUGAAGAUCCGUCCAGGAGAGGAGCUGAUGGGCCGUUUUUUGUUCCGAAAACAGCCUCGUAACUUCGCUCUGCUGAUUUCCCCCGGGAGGAAGUUGUGUGAGCUUGAUGACAUGGCGUUGGGUGUGCUCAGAAAGUGCGACCUGCAGGCUUUAAAUUCUCAAGGUUUUAAUUUGGGGAUGGGGCAGCUCCGGCCAUGCAGGGCUGCAGAGCCCUGAGUUUUCAUUCUGCUUUAGAUCUCUCUUGACUUAGCUUAAUGAUCUGGAUCACAAGCCAAAGCCACAGGUCACCUGUUAUACGAGGUCUUCCUCAGCUGCUAGUUGAACAGCACCAUAAAAAGACCUACGGGCUCCCAGUCCACCAGCACUGGAGCUGAAGACCCCGUACAGCUACUGGGGGUUCUGCCAGCACUUGUGUAAGCAUGGGCAGAUUUUCUGGAGUCAAAGCAGGCAGCCCCAGCCCUUCAGUGCUUUACAUCUCUUCUGGCUUCCCUGCCACACUCUCAGGCUCUCCGGCUAAUUAACAUCCAGCAAUAUUGACUUGAUGGGACAGCAAUCCGAGAAUUCCAGAGGGUCUGUUAAGUGAUAUAGGUUUCUGUUGAGGUCUUGACCGCUUCCCAUAGGCUGUUAGUAAAUGUCUUGAAUGCUCUUUGUCAGUUCAUCACGAAACAGUGCUAUUUAACAUUUUUCUAUACAUGCAACAAUAAAGACCUUUCAAAAACA